CACCCGACAGAUUCCUUGUCUAAACUGUACUUGCAUUCCAUUCCCCCGCAGGCAGCGGCCGCUCGCUCUCCCCCGCUCAGAUCCGCGUCGCGGCGGCCCCAAUUUUCCCACCUCCCAAAUCCCACACGCGCACAGCGCAACGGAGGAAGGAGACAGCGCCACCCAGGCAGUCAGGCAGCCACCACCCAGGCCAGGGAGGGAGGGAGGCAGGGAUGGCCACUUCCACUUCCAGGGGCGACGAGUCGCCCCGCGCCGCCGACCUCGUCCUCCCCUCCUACCCCGAGAUGAUCGUCGAGGCGAUCGCGUCGCUGGCGGAGGAGAACGGCUCUAGCCAGGCCGCCAUCGCGCGCCGCAUCGAGGCGGCCCGCGGCGCCGCCGGCGGGCUCCCGCCGUCGCACCCCGCGCUUGUCGCGGCGCACCUCUCCCGGAUGUCGGCCGCGGGGGAGCUCGUCGCCGUCGCCGGAGGGAAGUACGCUCUUCGGCCGCCGCCGCCGUUGCCGCCGGUGCUGCCAGAUGCGGCGGCGGAGUUCCCCACCGACGACGAGUCAGAGGACGACUUGCCGCCGUCGCCGCCGCCUCCUCCCCCUAAGCGAGGUCGCGGUCGGCCGCCUAAGGUGCGUUCCCCUGGCUACCCAGGGUUACCCGCCGCCGUCUCCGCCCCUGUCGUUGCGCCGGGUGAUGGGUUACCCGCCGCCGCCGCUGCCCCCGCCGUGCCUCGCCGGCGAGGCCGCCCGCCCAAGCCGCGGGACCCGCACGCGCCACCCAAGAUCCCACGCCCGCGAGGGCGCCCGCGCAAGAACCCUCUCCCGGACGGCAUGGUGCUGCCACCACCGCGUCCGGGCGCGGCGGCGAAGCCGCGUCCGCAGUUCGCCGAGGUCGGCUUCGUGUGAGAGGGCGGCCUUCAACCCAAGGCCGAAGAGGAAGCGGGCGCUAACAUUUCACUCAAGUUUAUGCUGCUGCUGUUGUUUGAUGUGGAGUUCUUUUUUCUUCUCCGUUCGUGUUGUUCUAAUUCAGGGAGGAGCGUGUAGGUGCUGGAUGACGCCGGCGGCGGUCAGUCGCCGGAGAUGGUGUGUCAGUUCGUGGUGUUGAUGCUGUCUUGGUCGCCGGAGCAGUUUGCUCCGGCGGUGUAUCAUGUAUCUGUUGUCACGCUCAGGAAAUUGCAGUGCAAUUAGUUGAUCAUUUCGAUUUGGGAAGAUCAGCUCGGGUUCGUGAUGCUACCUUUCAGUGUAUGAUCAAUUGAUCAUUUAGUCAUUAGCUUCUGUUCAGAUCGGUUGACAUGUAAUGUACUAGUGGUUUGAUUUCAAGCAAGAACAGCAAAGGUCUCACAGCA